AUGGCUGAUUUACCUGAUUCAAGAGAAACGCCAUGCGAGCCUCCAUUCACUCGUGUGGCCAUAGACUACUUCGGGCCGUUCUUGGUCAAGAAAGCUCACAGUGAGAUUAAGAGGUAUGGGUGUUUGUUUACAUGUCUCACUAUGAGGGCUAUUCAUUUGGAGAUUGCACACACUCUCAACACUGACUCAUUCAUUAACGCCUUACAGCGGUUCAUUGCAAGAAGAGGACCACCCUCUGAGAUAAGAUCAGACAAUGGAACAAAUUUUGUGGGUGGACUUCGAGAGUUGCGAAAAGCUAUCAGUGAGUGGAAUCAGAGAAAGAUUUCUGAUUAUCUGUUGCAAAACAAUGUGAAAUGGAUCUUCAACCCACCUGCCGCCUCUCACAUGGGAGGUGUUUGGGAGCGACAGAUUCGCACCAUCUGCUCCAUAUACAACACUGUCCUGUCACAGCAGGCACCAGAUGACGAGGGCUUGACAACUCUGUUUUGUUGUGUAGAGUCUAUUGUCAAUGGUAGACCUAUCACUAAGCUUUCAGAUGACCCAUCAGAUUCUCUACCAUUAACACAAAAUCAUUUGUUGUUAUUGCGUUCUGGUUCAACUUUACCACCAGCAGCCUUUGUGAAACAAGAUCUUUACCGAUGCAGAUGGCGUCAGUCCUUGGCUGGGGCCCUCAAAAGUUCAUGGGCCCUUAGAAUCGUCCUAACUUUUCCCCCCCUUACGGUGCCCCUGGUCCCAGAACCCGCUUUCGUGGACUCGGCAGUCGAAGAAAACACGAAAUUAAAAGAAGAAAUUGACUCAUUAAAGAAAGAGAUCCAGGAGCUGAAAAUUAUCUCUAAAUUUGGAUUGCAAAGAUUCGCCCACUCUGACGACGACAUUCGAUUCUAUACACGAUUUCCCAGUUACCAUAACCUCAUGCUUUUUUGGAGAUUGGUUGAACCAUCGGUGCAUAAAAUGGUUCGUGCGUCGAGGGCCAAAGCUGCUGAAAAAUUUAAUGAAGCAGUAACAUCUGUCCGUCCCACACACACGAGACAAUCAUUGCAACCCAUCGAUGAGCUAGUCCUUUUCCUAAUGUACUUGUCCGUUGGUUUAAAGGAGCAGGACUUGGCAAACCGUUUCAACAUUCACAUCUCUACUGUAAGCCGCAUUAUCUCUUCAUGGACCAACUACCUGUACACACUCUUGGGCUCGUUGUCUAUCUGGAUUGAGCCUGAAGAUGUUAAAGCUUACCUUCCUGAUGAUUUCAAAGACUUCCCUGAUACUCAGAUAAUAGUUGACUGUACACAGCUCAAGUGUCAGACGUCAUCCUCGCCUCUCCUCCAAAGUGAGAUGUUCUCUACAUAUAAAUCUCACUGUACCAUGAAAGGACUUAUCGGGAUUGCCCCCCAUGGUCCAGUGACCUUCAUCUCUUCUCUCUAUGAGGGGUCAAUAAGUGAUAAAGAACUCUUUAGGCGGUCAGGGUUAGCUGACCUUUUAACUGAUGACAUGGCCGUGAUGGUUGACAAAGGUUUCCUAAUCAUUGACUGUGUGAAGUGUAAGGUGUACUGUCCACCUUUUCUCAAUAAAAAAAGCCAGAUGCCAGCACCCAGUGUCCUCCAAACACAGAAAAUUGCUCGUCUAAGAGUGCACGUUGAGCGAGUCAUCCGAAGGGUAAAGGAGAAUAAACUUUUUGAUUCUGUUAUACCUUUGUCAAUUGCUGGAAGCAUUAAUUAAAUUUUUGCCGUUGCUUGCCUGCUUAGCAAUUAUCAAAAUAAACAUCUUGUCACAGCAUGGGCCAAGUAGUGCUGACAAGUUUAAAAGUACAUGUAAAAGUUGUAGGUUUCUGUAAGUAUUAAUCAUUUAUUUCUGAAUGCAUUCUGAUACAUUGACAACAGAUGUGACCUCACACAACAACAUUAUAAACAAUGAUUUUUAUUGUAAAACGAUGCCAUAAUGUAUAAAGUUUAUUAAUAAAUCUGGCAUUACUUAUUAAACUGGUUUUUUUUAAAGCAACAAGCUAGAAUACUCAUUUUAU